GAGAUCACACAAGCAACACCCUUCGUCAACAAUGUAACUCCUACAAGUACUAGCUCUCCCUUCUCCUCUCAGCCCUUUGCACAAAUUUUCUUCCUUUCUUGCUUUCCUGCUUUCCUGAACUGCUAAUGGCGGCUUAGCUUAUUACUAGCAGUAAAACGCCUCUUAGUCGUUGCAGGACCCGACAGAUCGCUACCACUGUCGCCUUCCUCUUCUUCUUCCUCCUAGAUUAAGAUUAGAUGCUGCUCACGCUGCAUUAUUGCAUCUCCUCUUCUCCCCCUGGAUCGGCCAUAUAUUGAUCGAUCAAUCAAUCAAACUCCCUGAAAAAUGCAGUUUUAUUUGAUGUGAUUUGAUUUGAUCUGCCCCCAUUCCCUCCCCUGUGUGGCUCCAGCUACUACCUUGCUGCACGACCCUGCUUCCAUUAAUGCGGCUCCUUCAGUUCCAUUUCUUCCUUGCCACGCCCAACAACUGCCGCGCUUUGAAUUGAUUCGCCGGGGCACCAGGGGGCAGCCGCUAGCUAGGAACCAGGAGCUCGCCGCAACAAGGAAGCAGACAGACACCAAGGGAGGGAUGGAGGGGAGGGCGCGGCGAAGGGGCACCGCCGCCGCCGCCACCGGCGCCAGCCCUGGCCGGAACAAGGUCUGGGUCGAGCCGCCGGGCAAGAGUCACCACCCUCCUCGCCGCUCGCCUCCUCCUCCUCCUCCGCCGCCCCCGCCGGCCGCGGGGAAUAAGGUGGCGGUGGUCUACUACCUCUGCCGCAGCCGCCACCUGGAGCACCCCCACUUCAUCGAGGUCCCGCUCGCCGCCCCGGACGCCGGCCUCUACCUCCGAGAUGUGAUUAACAGGCUUAACGUGCUGCGAGGGAAGGGCAUGGCGGCCAUGUACUCGUGGUCUUGCAAGAGGAGCUACAAGAACGGCUUCGUGUGGCACGACAUCUCCGAGGACGACCUGGUGCUCCCCGCGCAGGGCAACGAGUACAUCCUCAAGGGCUCCGAGCUCCUCGACCGAUCGCCGCCCGACCGGCUGCAGGAUGGCGUUGGCACUGCCAAGGUCGAGAGUCUGAAGCACGCUCAAGGAGAGUCUCCUCAGUCGCGAGGAUCGCAGGAAGGGUGCUCGUCAUCUUCGUCUCCGUCCGCCGUUAUCAAGGAGGCCUCGUCGCCACGUCCUGCUCAGCAACCACAACAACUGGCACAGUCCGUGUUUGUGCCUUCGUCGUCUGCGUCCACCAACCAUGAGGAUGAGCAAUGCCGGACUACGCAUUCUGGUUCAUCCGGAAACCUGUCACCUGAACCGGCAGGAACAAAUGCUCCGUUAUCAGAGGAGAGCUCCCCUGGACCUUUGGAGUACAGAGUUUGCAAACCUAUCGGAGCACAGGAUGCGUCCACACAGACCGAUGACAGCGAGAGGGAUGUUCGUGGGAAGCAUGCUCGCACGGCAAGAGUUUGUACAGAGGAUGGUACAUCAGAUGCUGAGAUUCAAGAGUGUCAUGACGAGAGGAGCACGCAAGUAUCGCCCAAGGGCCCUGGAAUCGUUCGAGAAUCACCACAUAUGAGUUUGUCUGAAGCUUCUCCUGGUGACCGGGUUGAGACCUUGGAGUCCCUGAUAAGGGCGGAAGCCACUAGGAGGAGUAACUAUAGGGUACUAGAGGAAGAACAGUUCUAUGGCCCAAUGGGUGUGAAGCUGAAGCCGGCUAAUUUGCUCAUGCAGCUGAUCACUUGUGGUUCUAUUUCUGUGAAAGAUCACCGUGGCUUUGGGCUCAUCCCAACAUACAGGCCACGCUUUACGCAAGUCGAAUUCCCUUCUCCGGUGUUCUCUACUCCUAUGGCAUUGCGUCAGCUCGACAUCAUUCCUUCUAGCUCGAGAACUAUUGGUGUUAGAGAUCAAGAAUCAGAGUAUUUCAGUGGAAGAUUGGUUGAGAUGAAUCAGCAGGAAGAAUCGGGAAAAGGAGACAUGCCAACACUCAAACGCUCAUCAUCUUACGACGAGGAUAGGGUAUAUAGAGCGACAGACUCCAGAAGAGAUACAGAAAGUAUGGCUGAGCCUGGCAGUUUCAGAUGUCUCCCUCAGACUAUCAAAAUGAUAUCAUGUAAGCAAUCCAGAGGUGGAACAAUAUUCUCCCCCAACUCUGAUGUCAGGAACAGCUCUAGUCGACAAGAAUGUAGUACUAGAUCAUCACCACUGUGUUCAUCAAGAGGCGCAAGCAAUAGGAUGACUGACCCGUUGGGGAAACUGUCUUCUUCAAGGGCAGAGUCGUUCCACGAGGAAAAGGAUAAAGUGAUCAAGAUUGAAGAAAGACUUUCUUCUGGAGCUCGGGUCAUAAUCCAGUCCUCACCCUUGUGUGAAGAGAGUGAUGACAGCACCGAAUCACUGUAAGGGGCUGUGUUACAUUUUGCUGUGUGUGUGUGUGUGUGUCCAAGUUGUUGAAGCAGCUGGAAAGUGCAAUUUGAUUAAUUUUGUGACUAGAGUGAAUGUGAUGAUCAGUCACUGUUUUGUUACCCCUCGAGGAAGAAUUUGUUGCUGCAGACUGUCAGUAGCUUAUCUUUCUCUGAUGAAUUUACCUACUGCAUCUGUCUCACCUCAA